AUGAAAGAAAGUGUUCGUUCUGGAAAGACCCACGAGAGGCUUGUGGGCGUAAUCCUGCUGCUCGUGGGCGUGUGGGCGGCGUCGGUGAGGGGAGAAUACCCUGAGGAGAAGACUGAGCAAAGACCUGAGAAGCGACAGAUCUACAGAGAAUCAGUGUUGCCAGCGAAGGGCGGCGUGAUACCCCAGGGGGCCUUGUCUCUGCAGCGCCUCCAGCACAACGCCCAUGAUUCUGUCGGCAUCGAGGCUCCGGACGGCGUUAUAUACGUGCCCAGAAGCACUGACAUCCGGCCAGGCCGACCUGACCCCGAGGAUGAGCAGGAGAUUCUCACGCUGACUCCUGAGGUCCACCUCCAGCCUUCCCUCUACGACAUUCUUGCUCGUCCUCAGCCUCAGCCUACGACCUACCUGCUAAGAAGACCCGUCGGAGAGAACCUCCUCUCGCCACGCCCCCAGCACUACGAAGCCACGCCCAUUUCGCCGCCCGUAGCCACGCCCAUUUCGCCGCCCUUAGCUCCUCCCACGCUCUACGCCCACAGGAUUCCAUGGGCGUGGUACUCUCCGCCGCCCUCGUUCUUCCUCGGUGGGCUGGCGACUGGAUUUUACUAA